AUGAGGCGCAAAUCACACACAUCAGCUCCCAACGUCGGUCCAUCCACAGACUCAGCUGCAGAACAGACAUCAAACAUGGCAGAAAAGUUCACAAUUCCAGCAUCAGCAACACCAGCAAACCCUCCCGCAAACCCUCCCUCUGAGCCCGCUCCCCCAACUCGAUCAUCCCGCCUCAACCCCCGAAAACGCGAAGAUGCCCUCACGCGCCGCGACAUCACCGAGGAAGAACUCAAAGAAAUCAGACCCGGCUACGUAAUGGGCAGUCUUCUCGCCUUCCGCAAGAUUAGGAAAAGCGAAUCCCAUCCGGUAACCAGACGAAUCCAUCUGACGUUUGACGAGGGCAGAGAACUGGAUGCUCGUCGCUUGUUGAACAACCCGAACGGUGGCAUUAGGAAGAGGAAACCACGGGGGACUCCUGUGGCUAGUACUGAGAAGAGGAUGGAGAAUAUGGCUUUUGUGCAGGGGCAGAUUGCGGAGUUGGAUGCGUUUAAGGAUGCGAAGGGACGCUUAGAUCGAGAGCGGUUCAUGUGGCACCCGCUGAUGUUUUCGGGUGGUAGGAAUGUUUUAUUGGAUAAGAUUACGAACAGAUUCUAUAGGAAUGCGUGCUUUUGA